CAACAUUCAUAUACCGGUGAUUUUCCUGAUACCGAGAUAAAAAUGAAACAUUUGAUAUAAAUAUCUACUGCACUAAUAGCGCGACAAUAGUUCAAAAUAUCGGUGUUAGCGAAAAUGUCGUUUAAAAUUGUGUCGGGUUUUGCCAUUUUAUUGGUAUGCUUGUCUGUAGUGGCUGCUGAGGGAAUCCCCCGAGAAUUUACUCUGCCGGGACUAGUGCCGUGCAACCACACCGAGACGCCGGGUGCUUCAUGCGUGGACUGCUCCCGGCUGCUCAUCUGCACUAGGCUGGGGGGGAUAAUUGUGCCCUGCUGGCUGCCCGGCCCCCACUGCAACAACGGCACCUGCUCCACCGAGCCCAGCGAUGAGUGCGAAGUAACUACCACACCGUCGGAUAGCUUCGCAAAUGCGGAUAGCUUCGUACUGUCGGAUAGCUUCGUUCGAGUAGCUGACCCUGUGAUUGAGUCAGAGAUGUUUGAACAUAAUGAACAGCCUAUUGAGGUGCUGCCUUACGCUCUUCCCCCCAUACGCGUUGCUGAUAACGAUGAUGAUUCAGAGCAGUGAAUGGAUGGAAAUAUUUUUAUUUGAAAAUUUGAUUUAUAAAAUAAAACUAAGCGAGCGGCUCUUUGUAUUUUUGAUAAUAAAUUCGCCUUUUUUUAUUGGUA